AGCGGAAGGAGCCCCCUAUAAAUCAGCUCACACUGGGCAGCCCAGCCAGCAGAGCUGCAGGUCCACUGUGGAGGAAGCCUUGUUGCCACCAUGAACUUCUCCGGCAAGUACCAACUGCAGAGCCAAGAAAACUUUGAGGCCUUCAUGAAGGCAGUCGGUCUGCCUGAUGAACUCAUCCAGAAGGGGAAGGACCUCAAGGGGGUGUCAGAAAUCGUGCAGAAUGGGAAGCACUUCAAGCUCACCAUCACCACUGGUUCCAAAGUGAUCCAGAAUGAGUUCACCUUGGGGGAAGAGUGUGAGCUGGAGACCAUGACUGGAGAGAAGGUCAAGGCAGUGGUUCAGAUGGAAGGUGACAAUAAGCUGGUGACAACUUUCAAAGGCAUCAAGUCUGUGACCGAACUCAAUGGCGAUGUGAUCACCAACACCAUGACAUUGGGUGACAUUGUCUUCAAGAGAAUCAGCAAGAGAAUUUAGACAAAUCUGCACUUCAUAUUCUUUUACUGUGUAAAAUUAAUGUAAUAAAGUGAACUUUGUUUUAAAAAAAA